AUGAAGCCCAAAUCUAAAGAUAACAAGCCCUCGACUUUGGAGGCUGCGCUCAGUUUUAUAAUGAAGAAAAAUCGCGAUGAUUUGGGCUGGAAACCUCGACAGGCAGCCGCCAAGAUGGAAAAAACCCCAUCGCCAGGGCCCUCGGGAAGCAAGAAACCCGCUAAACAGGGAUUCCGGAAGGGCAAGAGGGACAAUGACCGGGACCGACUGAUGUACAUGAAUAGCAUUACGAUGCUUAAUGAUGGACUGCGCGAGAGAAUUGAGCAGGCGGAAAAAUCAAAGAUUGCAUUGAUGGAAUCGAACGCAAGCCUCAAAUUGGAGAUUGAAGAUUUGACCCAAAAGAAGACCGAAUUGGAUCAAAUCCUCAGGGAGAACACUUGUUCGAUUUGCCUCUUGGGGUGGCAUCUCAAUAGCGGCCAUUAUCCGAUGUCUUUGAAAUGCGGCCAUGUUUUCGGGAGCAAGUGCAUCCUCCAGCACUUGGAAUCUGAUGUGGACAUCAUCAUUUCAGGCUGGGGAAGGAUCAAGCAUCAGGACGUUCUGCCACGAUAUCUGCAGUACAACACCAAUACAGCAAUGGAGAAGAAAUGA